UCAGUUCUUUGAAAAUCUUAAUAAAAAGAGUGACAGUAGAAGUAUAUAAAUAAAUUUGAAUUCUUAUCGAGAUUGCUAGAGCUAAAACAACAAGAACAUAGAAAGAGAAUUAAAAUAUUCCGUUUACUGCAGUUUAAAUUUCUGUUUAUCGCCUAGACGUAAUUGUUUAAAAAAUGAUUGAAUGAAAACGUUGUGUUUCAAGCUGCCAUUAACUCUGCAUUUUAAAAUAUGUCAUGUUAUCUUGAUUUAUUAAUCUUUAUUCCGUUUUAAAAGUAAUGGAUGGGCUUAGAGAUAGCAAUAAUUAUUCAAUUCCUAUUUAUUUUAAAGAUCAAGCUAAUGAUCUAAAAAAUAUCGAAGCCGAAGCUAAACGAGCUCUUCAGAAUAUCAAUUCCCUCUAUGAAGAAAUUAUGCACACUGAUUCCCCUGAUAACUUUGAAUUCGAGAAUAAUGUAGAUUCUAACAUAACCCCUUCCACCUCUACUUCUACAACGGAUAAAAAACAAUACACCGCUAAGAUAAAGAGGUUUACUGAAUCAUCAAGAAAAUUUUACUUUCGGUCUCAGUUACCUUUAACUCAUUGUUUAGGUUGUCAUGAUCAUUAUUAUGACACUAAUAUAACUUCUAGAUCUCUAUCAACUGAAGAAAAGUUUAACUGUGAUUCUGAGAUACAUCUCUCUAAAGAAAGUAAUGCUCAAAGUUCUAAAGAUUCAGGCAGCCCCCUUAAAAUAACUAAACCACAACCAUUUAAAUUAUCUGGCUUUGAUGAACAAAGGCUUGAAGCUAAAGAACGUAGGUUGGCUAAGUUAAGGGAGGAAAAGGAACAGCAGAUGCAGAAAGAAUUGAAUGUAAAAGUUGUUAGCAAACCAGUGCCAAAGCAUACUCACUUACCAUUGUAUAAUAAAAUGGUGGAAAAGAAUGAAAAAAGAAGAAAUGAAAGAAAAGAAGAAAGUUUACGAGUCAUUGGAAGAGGAAAUAAAUCUUUGCCACAAGGUGAUGUUUUUCAAACUAAUGUAACAUUAAAAUCUCUUCCAUCCGAAUCAAAAUCUUGUUUUAAAGCUACACCAGUGCCUAAACAUAUUUUAAGCAAUAAAGUAAGUGAAAAAUUAAAAAAUAAAGAAGAAAUUCGCAAGAUGCUUAGUGCUCAUAGAGCUGAAGAAAUGCUUAAACAGUCAUCAUCUCCUCUUUCUAAGAAAACUAUACCUAGAUCUUUUUCAAUGUUGAAUUUGAAUGAUUACAAAAAAAAUGAUGAAAGAGAUAAAAGAUCAAAACCUAAUAUUACAGCUAUUACAAAUAGAUUGUAUACAAAGAAGUGUAAAGAAACUAUGAAUAAUUGGAAUGAUAAAGUAAUGAGAUAUUGUUACAAAGAAAAUGAAAUCAAGUCUAAUGUUACAAUUUUAAACAAAUUUAAGCCUCAACCUGAACAAUCAUUACCAUUCCUUUAUUAUCCUGUCAGAAUGUCAACAGCAGCUUCUUUAAGAAAUAAACAGAUUCGAUCAGAAAUAAUUGCAAGAGAAAAGAAAGAAGAAUAUCAAAAUAAUGAAAUUAGUGAGGCUCAACAAGAAAUGCAUGAAGAAAUUUCGAAAAAAUUGCAAAAAUUGCUUCCAGAUAUUGAUCCUGAUAGAGAAAUCGAAGAGAGAGUGAAAAAUUUCAGGGAAUCACAACUAAACAGGGAGGAGGAAUAUGAACAUGAAUUAGAAGAAAUAAUGAAACGAGUCUCACAGCAAUAUCUAUUGAUUGAAAGGCAAUCAAAAAACUUUGAAACAUUUUUUUCCUUCGAAAUUUGUUCAAAAGAUGCCUUACUAAAGAAAUGGUCCUGAUUUUUCUGUUCUCAUUUGUGAAUAAUGAAGCAAAUAAUUUUGGUUUUCUUUUCUACAAAAAGUUUUUAAUGUGUUUUUUUCUCAAUAAUUUUAAUGUAUUACGCGCAUGAAAAUUUUAGUGUAUGCAUUUGAUUUUUCACUUUAUCACUCACAACUCACACCGAUUCCAUCGUACAUAUACGUCAUGCUUUGAUAAUUUUUUUCGGUAAUUAUUGUUGCGAAUUAUUACUUGGUUUUUUUAAAUCUCGAUGUCUUUUAUCACUCAAUUAUUAUUGAUAAUAUCUUAAUUUUUUUAAAAAAUGCCGAUAUUAUGGCACUCAAUGUCCAAAAAUCACUCUUUGAUCUCUUUGAUGUGCUUGGUUUGCGCCAAUAUCUUCUGUUAAUCCUUCUAGUGUUUCAAUCGAUAUCCAGACAAUUAUUGCUACAAUUACGAAUUAACAUUAUCUCAAAUUUUAGUGGUCAGUGAAUAUGCACUUAAAACAAAGUUCACAAUUCUUCAAUUCCUCUAGUCAUGUCUGUACCGAUUUAAAUGUUUAUAGUUUUCUUAGUACCUUAUUUGUAACAGUAUUUAUUCGAAAAUAUUAUUUUUGAGUUAUUUGCAGGGCUGAUUGUGCUCCGGAAAAAAUCCUGAUUUCCGGAAUUUUCGCUAACAGUAAUCCGGAGAUCGGAGGUCCAGACGUUUAAAAAAAUCAUCGAUCACAGAAGUUUCUGGAAAUCAAAU